AUGACCGACGCGAUUUCAAGUGCGCCGCCUGUGCCGGAGACGCCAGGUACUCCAGUGAGUUGGGUGCAGCUCCAGUCGCCGGCGCCCAGAGCAGCUGCGCCUUCUGGACCAAUUAUGCUGUCCACCCCGCCGUCGGCAACGUCUCCGGGCACGCCGCCGCCGCCGAUCGCGCUGUCGGCAGUCCCUGCGGAGGCAGCGGGCCAGGUCAUCCCGGGCGGGGCGCGCGUCGCACCGCAGGCGAUGACUCCAGCUACCAGAGUGGCCAGAGGCGGCAGGUUCAAGGUGCUGUCGCGCGGGCGUGACGGCGGGCGCCCGCUCAACUGGGCGGCGCUGCUGCCGCAGCUGGCGCUCUCCGGGGGUGGGUGCUACCUCUUCUUCUGCACGGGCGUCAUCCAGGCGCUGACGGCGGCCGUGGAAGGGAGGCCUGCGCUCGAGGUGUCGCUGUUCUGCGCGCUGGCCCUCGUGCCCGCCACGGCCGCGCGGCUGCGCAUCGUGUCGCGGAUC